CAGAGCCCGCUUCCCUGGAACCCGGACUGCACAGAGCCGGUCACAUGAACUCCGGGCUCCCUUUGGUGUGACGGGUUUCUUAGAUCCCUUUGUGAGCGCAGGUUUUGAAAGGCAACGACCCGGGUUCUGGGUUUGAGAGGAGCAGGGGGAUCCGGCGGGAGGAAGGCUGUCGGACCAAUCAAGCCGCCUCCAGACCCCAGCACGUCGCCUCGGCUGCGCGCUUUCUUUCUCCGCGGCUCGCCCGCCUCCCGCUCUCGCCCCAGGGUGCCCGGGGAGGCGAGGACCCCAGGUCCAGCAGCUGGACAUGGAGACCCAGCGCUCGUCACCUCUGUCAUUCCCCGGAGUUUUGCCCGAAGAAACCCCACGUCAGGCCCCUGCUGGCCUCCCCCGAGAGACUCUGCUCCAGUCCCGCGUUCUUCCCCCCAAAGAAAUCCCUUCCUUGUCUCCCGCCGCUCCCCGACAAGGCUCCCUAUCCCAGGCUCCCAAGCAAGAGACUUCUGGCCGAAUGCCGCCUGUUCUCCAGAAGGGACCUUCACGCCUGUAUCCUGCCGCUUCUGAACAAGAGACUCAUUUCCGGGGCCCCCCGACUUCCCCAGAAGAGACCCAGUAUCCACCCUCGGCUGCUGCUGAACAAGAAAUCUCACUUCUCUCCCACUCCACCCACCACCAGGAAGCCCCCCUCCACUCCCCGGAAGUUCCUGAGAAGGACCCCCUGACCCUCUCCCCAACAGUUCCCGAGGCCGACAUGGACCCCCUGCUCCAGAGCCCAGUUUCCCAAAAGGACACCCCCUACCCGAUCUCUUCUGCAGCCCAGAAGGACACGCCGCUCCCGACGGCAGAGAUCACCCGCUUGGCCGUGUGGGCUGCCGUCCAGGCGGUGGAGAGGAAGCUGGAGGCCCAGGCCACGCGGCUUCUGACGCUGGAGGGCAGGACCGGGACAAACGAGAAAAAGAUAGCCGACUGCGAGAAGACGGCCGUGGAGUUCGCGAACCAUCUGGAGAGCAAGUGGGUCGUGCUGGGCACCCUGCUGCAGGAGUACGGGCUGCUGCAGAGGCGCCUGGAGAACAUGGAGAACCUGCUGAAAAACAGAAACUUCUGGAUCCUGCGGCUGCCCCCGGGCAGCAAUGGGGAGGUCCCCAAGGUUCCUGUCACGUUCGAUGAUGUCGCUGUCCAUUUCUCGGAGCAGGAGUGGGGGAACCUGUCCGAGUGGCAGAAGGAGCUGUACAAGAAUGUGAUGAGAGGCAACUACGAGUCUCUGGUUUCCAUGGACUAUGCAAUUUCCAAACCAGACCUCAUGUCACAGAUGGAGCGCGGGGAGAGGCCGAGCAUGCAGGAGCAGGAGGACUCCGAGGAAGGCGAGGCGCCCACGGACCCCAGUGCCGCACACGAUGGGAUUGUGAUUAAGAUCGAGGUGCAAACUAAUGAUGAAGGCUCAGAAAGUUUGGAGACGCCGGAGCCCCUGAUGGGACAGGUGGAAGAGCACGGCUUUCAGGACUCGGAGCUGGGUGACCCGUGCGGAGAGCAGCCAGACCUGGACAUGCAGGAGCAGGAAAACACAUUGGAGGAGUCCACGGAGGGCUCCAGCGAGUUCAGCGAGCUCAAACAGAUGCUGGUGCAGCAGAGAAACUGCACAGAGGGGAUCGUGAUCAAGACGGAGGAGCAGGACGACGAGGAGGAGGAUGACGACGAGGACGAGCUGCCGCAGCACCUGCAGACCCUUGGGCAGCUGUCCAGCAGGUACGAGGCCAGCAUGUACCAGACCCCGCUGCCGGGGGGGCUGUCCCCCGGGGGCGAGGAGAGCCCCCCGGCCUUGCAGCUGGGCAACCCGGCGGUGAAGAGGCUGGUGCCCGCGGCCCACGGGGAGCGGCACCUGAGCGAGGGCCGGGGCGCGGCCAGCCAGCAGCAGCGCAACCGGCGCGGCGAGCGGCCCUUCACGUGCAUGGAGUGCGGCAAGAGCUUCCGGCUGAAGAUCAACCUCAUCAUCCACCAGCGCAACCACAUCAAGGAGGGGCCCUACGAGUGCGGCGAGUGCGAGGUCAGCUUCCGGCACAAGCAGCAGCUCACGCUGCACCAGCGCAUCCACCGCGUCCGCGGCGGCUACGUGUCGCCGGAGCGCGGGCCCGGCUUCGCCCCGAAGCACGCGCUCAAGGCGCGCCCCAAGUCGCCCAGCUCGGGCAGUGGCGGUGGCGGCCCCAAGCCUUACAAGUGCCCCGAGUGCGACAGCAGCUUCAGCCACAAGUCGAGCCUGACCAAGCACCAGAUCACGCACACAGGCGAGCGCCCCUACACGUGUCCCGAGUGCAAGAAGAGCUUCCGCCUGCACAUCAGCCUGGUGAUCCACCAGCGCGUGCACGCGGGCAAGCACGAGGUCUCCUUCAUCUGCAGCCUCUGCGGCAAGAGUUUCAGCCGCCCGUCGCACCUGCUGCGCCACCAGCGGACUCACACGGGCGAGCGGCCCUUCAAGUGCCCCGAGUGCGAGAAGAGCUUCAGCGAGAAGUCCAAGCUCACCAACCACUGCCGCGUGCACUCGCGCGAGCGCCCGCACGCCUGCCCCGAGUGCGGCAAGAGCUUCAUCCGCAAGCACCACCUGCUGGAGCACCGGCGCAUCCACACGGGCGAGCGGCCCUACCAUUGCGCCGAGUGCGGCAAGCGCUUCACACAGAAGCACCACCUGCUGGAGCACCAGCGCGCGCACACGGGCGAGCGGCCCUACCCCUGCACGCACUGCGCCAAGUGCUUCCGCUACAAGCAGUCGCUCAAGUACCACCUGCGGACCCACACGGGCGAGUGAGCGCGCCCGCCGCCCGGCCAGGAGCGCCGUCAGCGCCGCGGCCCAGUCGGCCUGACGCCUACCGGCCUGACGCCUACCUGCCUGGCCGCCGCGGGGCCGAGUCCAGCAGGCGGGGCGCCCCCCAGCCCCUUUGCUGUGAGCCCCCCUUUCUCCCUUCGUCCCUCCUCCCACGGACACGGGGGUAGUGAGACCAGGUCGCUUGCUGCCGUGUUUACCGGGCCCCGGGGGUAGAGCGCGGACCUGGGGAACCCCUUCGGGCUGUUAAUUUCCUUGACAAUAAAGUGGAUGAAACCAAUCAGCACGGGGGGAGUGAUUUGGCCGCCGGCCACUCGGAGGGGCGGUUCAGGGCCACUUAGUUGGGGAUAGAACUUUAUAAUUACCUUUUGGAUACUGUGGUUCUAUUUGAUAAUAAUAGAGUAAUUUUUAAAAGACGAGCGUUUCCUGUUUGCCGUUUUUGUUUGGUUUUGAAGGGGAGGGGUUGAGAAGGUGGACGAGGGACAUGUGCCUAGUGUCUGUUGACAGGCCCCGUUCAGCCCCUUCUGUGCGCUCGCUCAUUCCCCAUGUUGGGUGCCGCCGGUUGUAAAUGAAGGAGAGACAGGACUGCCGGGCUGGAAGCAGGGAGUGAGUCUCGGGAAGGGUAGAAGCCCCUGGCUGUAGACCCCACCUGUGCCCCGGUGUGGUGGGCCUGGGAGUUCAAGACGGAGUGGAUUCCAGCUGACUGAUCAGGGAGAGUGAAGGUUUGGAAUGGACUGGAAAGGGGAUCCUGUGACAAAAGUUGGGUGCUUCUCUCAGGAUCAAGCAUGGCCAAGGGCUCAGGGAUGGGUAGGGAAGGGGUGCAGAGUCCCUGGUGCCAGUUGGGGAAACCACACAAAAGGCACCAGUCAGAAUAUUUUUUAUUUGUAGUCGCACCAGAGCUGUUCUCUUUAGGUUUGUAGAUGCACGAACGCACCCUCCUUUUGCUGGGCAUUCAUUCAUUUCCAAUGGCCUCCCAGUGAGGGGUACAAAGAGAAACUACAGGCACGCUGUGCUGCCCACAGCAAUUUCCUCUCACUCUGCUGUGGGCUUGGCAGUGAACCAGAGAGAAUUCAGGCAGUUUGAAGGGACAGCUCAUGGAGGCUAGCAGAGUGCCCGGCUCUGCCCGUACCUGGGGGGCGUCAGCUUCUGCUGACAGGCUAGAGCUGCUGAGGGAGGCAGACUGUGUGAGUCUGGGGGUGGAGAGGAGGGUACAGGAAACUGAGGGGGCUCAGAAAAGGAAGUUUGAGGGAGGUGUCCCAUCACUGGCUCUGAAGUCAACCCCCUUCUCUCCUUCACAAAGUUGCAUAAACUGAGGUACAGAGAGGGAAGGGGUGCGCAUGAUCCCACAUUUGAAAGCAUAUGGCCUCAGUUUACUCGGAAAACGUUUUGAGGGUGGUUGGACAUCACAGCAGGCAGCCAGAGGAGGGCCCGAGGCCAGGACUGGCGUGGGGGGCUGGAGACACCAGCCUGGUGCGCGGGACCGGCUGCACAGGAGGCAGAUCCAGGACAGCAGGCUGGUGUGCGGGGUGCAGUAGGCCUCGAGCCCGAGACGUGCUCUGCUGGCCACAGGAGGGGCCUGGGAGUGGGAGGGCAGCUCCUCCGUGCAGGCGGAAUCCGAGCACAUCUGCCAGCUGGGAGAGGUCCAUGGAUGGGAGGACGGAGGAAGGCCUUCUAGGUGGGGGUAUUCUACAAGGCAGGGGUAUGGAAAGUGGGCUCCAGGGAUUGAUUAAAGUCACCGACUGCAGCAAGGCUUGUGUAGAAAAGCAAGGUCAAAAAGAUUGGCCCGGAGCAGCCUUGGAUUGCAGAGAGGGUGUUGGAUCUAAGACUUCAAGACUGUGGAGUUUGAGUCGAUCUUGUAUGAGAAACCAUUGAAUAUUGCUGAGCAGGAGAUGGGCCUGGUGGGAAGGGGAGCCUGCUGUAGUCAGGUGUGGGAGAGACGGCAUCCUCCAGGGACAGGCCACUGAUGCUGGGGCUGGGGGCUGGGGUGAAGGGGUGACAGGAAAUGAUUCUUUUGAACACCAGGAUAUUUGGCUCCUGGAAGGGAUAUUAGCAGAGGUGUUUUGGAAAUAUGUGAUGGAGGAUCUUUACUAGGCCUGGAACCUGAGGACCAAAGAGCUGGAGAUGUUUAGACUUGAGAGGCGACUGCGGUGGUUCGUGGUAGAACCACGUCAGGGCUGGGGACGUAACUUGUACGCAGUUACCAGGCCAUCCUCAGAGCACCCAUGGGCUCAGUGGAAAGGUGCUUGUAAGGGAUUACAUGUAGGCAGGACAGGUACUUCUCCGUGGAGCUGGGCUGGCAGCAGCUCUCUGGGGCUCUGCCUCCCCUUCCUUGGCUCUAAAGCCUCUUCGUGCCCCUUCCUCCGAGGGGCCCAGUGCCUGGACUCCAAAUCGUCCCCCCUCUUGUCCUGACCCCCCACACCAUCAUAAUUCUCACCCUCCAUGAUCUCCCUAGAGUCAGAGGCCAACAUCUAUUAGAGCACGGCCCUAACGUGUAGACACUCUGGAGUCAAACAAUGGGGAUUUAACUUGGUAGUGUAGCCUUCAACAAGUUAACUAACCCAACAUCAAUUUCCUCAUCUUUUCAGUGGGACCAGUAAAGGUCCCACUGUUCUGAGGCUUAACUAACAGAAUAAACACAAAGCAAAGACAUUGGUAUACACUACAUUUCAAUAAAAGUAUGCUAAUUUUAUUAUUAGCUUAUAGGUAUUGACAGCCUAGUAAAAACAGAAGUUCUGGUAGGGCAGUGGGCUAGGCUAGUGUUACAUGCUAAAAGAGUGAAUCUCUGAGAAGGAAAUUUUCCCCAGAGGCAGAAGCAGAAAAUUACUUUGGUGUGAAGAAGUUCAAAUCGAACAACAGAAGCAACCGCAUCAUGGCUGUGAUGUUGGUGCGGACGAGGUGGAAACACCUUUCAGCCACAAGCCAGAGUCUGCAGUGGGCAGUACCCCAACUUCCUAGGUAUCUGUUACUCUUUCGUUGUGCUUUUCGAGAGUGCCCUUAAUAGGAUACUAAACUGUCAAAGUCCUCCAUUGCUGGCUCCCAUAGGCCCCAUGGAACUGUGUACCAGAAGGAAUAGUUGUCAUUUAUUGAAGGCUUCACACCUUUGAAGACUUUGAUACAUAACUCUGCAUCUGCAUCAUUAUACUCCUUUGAAGCAUGAGGAGCUUCAGUAGGCCCAAGUCACCCAGCAAUGAAGUAGUAGAGCCGAGGUUUGAAUUCAUCUUUUUACUCCAAAGCUCUGUGCUUGGCCACGUAGUUCUUCCUGGGAUCUGAAUGGUUAUUGUAAAAGAGAAAGCCAGCAUCUCUUCCAAAUUAUCCCAUUUUACCCUCAGAUUUUUAAAUUUAAGACAAAUUGGGGGAAACAACGUAUCAUGCAGAACAUGCUCUGCGCCAUGUUUGCCAAAAUUAUGAAUGUACUAAGGAAAUAAAGAAUUUUAGAGGCAAAAAAGGCCUACUGUGGAGUCUAUCAUUUAACAACUGGGGAAAUUAAGAUGGAGAGGAGCAGUGCUGUCUGCUGGCUCCUCGCUCAGGUGGAGGGGCAGCCAGUGGAGCAGGCCUGGGUCUGGUGCCUCAGCAGUGCUCCUUAUCAUACAUCCCCAGGUGUUUAUUAAGCACCACUUGGGUGCAAAGCAUUAUACUGAGCUCCAUGGAAAAACAGAAGGAUUAGGAAACCAUCCACUGCCUUGUCAGCACUUAGCAUCUGCUGGAGACUCUGUAGCCCAGUUCUGGGGACAGAGCCUUUGAGGGCCUGGGAAGCUGGGGCCAUCACAGAGACCUUUAAGGAGCCAUCUUUGCAGAAAGAGCCACACCUCCAUCUUUCCUCGGUGCCUCCUGCUGGUGAGGAUAGCUUCAGCCAGGUGUCUAUGGGAGACCUUUCCCAAGGCACUGCUGUGGAGGAUCCUCAGAUUAAGGGAUCAGGGGCAGAGGCCUCCAGGCCCUGCUGUUGCCAGGGUGACGGUGAGUCAGGCCACGGCCUGUCCUCCAGCUCUGGAAGCCUCACUGCUCCCCAAGCAGAGUCGGAACUCCUAGGUUCACAUUUUUAAAAAAUCAAUUCUGCAUUUGCCACUUCUAGUUGGGUUCCUUGAAGUGAGUAUUUUUAGUUAAAACAUAAUAGAACUUAACUCUUUUAUUUCUAUUUUCUAUAAAAGGUAACUCCAGGCUAAAAUAAUUUUUUAAAAAGAAAAGAAAGGAAGGAAGUGUGUGGGGAGGGAGAGAGAAAAGAAGGAAGAGGAAAGAAAGAAAAAGAAAAAAACACUGGUCCUACUGAUAGUGGCCUUAUAUGAAAAUUUUCAGUCAGCAAUCAGACCUAGACUUGAGCUUAUUAGGGAUAAUAAUAAUAAUCAGCAUGAUUGAUUGGGUCUUAACAUGUCCUAGGCACUGUGCUAAGUAAACACUUUCAUUUCAUCUUGUGGCAAUCUGUGAAAUCAGUAUUCAUAUCUGCUUUUACAGAUGAAGUUCUGGGAGGUUAAGCAAUUAGGCCAACAUGACAUGACCAGAAUUUAAAUCUAAAUGUGUGGGGCCCAAAGCGUGUGCUGUUAACUGCUGUUAUAUACUGCCUCCUGGUUUCGUCAAUGUGGAUCCUUAAUAAAAAGGCAAAAUGGUA